AUGGCGCAGGGGACACCACGCAAAUUCAGCGAGAAGAUAGCAAUAAUGGAGAGGAAGCAGAACGAGGACCAGGAGGCGUUCACGUCGGUGAUGCGCGAUGUGCGCGCCAUCACCAGCAACUGCACCGCGGCGCCACCGGUGUGCUCAAGCCCGCAGGCGCUGGCCCCGCCGAUGCCUUGGAACAGGCCCAGCGGCUCGUUGCCCAAUGUACACGAGAUGGUGCAGCAGUGUGUGCAGCCGGGCAUGAACAACUGGUCCUAUUGGCCUGGCCCCGCACAAGUGAACCCACGACCUCAGGCAGCAGCACGGGGUCGCUCACCGGGUGCUGCGCACUAUCACCCCUACAAACCUUCGAAACCGCACGAACGGGGCUCACCGUUGUCGCAGUUCGAGUACCACCACCUGCACUAUCCGCCCAGCAAUCACCUGCAACCGCCGGAUGCCAUGUGGCCAAAGCGUCGUCAGCCGAUUUCAGCGAAACUUCUCUAUGCAAAUAGCUUAAGCACAACUACAACAUACAAUCUGGGCGGUGGAAAUACUCUGUCAGUUUAUAAAACCAAAACUGUCCAUGUAUCCAGUGAUACGAUUCAUAUCGGUAACCUGUAG